AUGAAGUGCCACCGAAAAGAUCGCUUCAAUAUUGCGGCGUCAACUGUUUGUUCAUUGCAUUUCACAUCCGAUGAUUAUCUACGUGACUUGCGAGCAGAACUUCUCAAUCUACCACCGAAGAAAACACUUAAACCAGAUGCAGUGCUGAGUGUGAAUAUACCAGGAAGUGCUCCGGGUGUUAGUGGAAAUUCAGGCCCUGAUGACACAGUUUCUCCGAAUAGGGCAGACAGGUUGCAGGCAAGAAAGACAAUGAAAAAUGCAAUUGAGCACCUGGUUAGUGUCUCCAAAAAAAGAAAAAUAGGCCAGUCAAGAGCGACAGAUGACUGUGACACUGAUAGUAAACAGAUCAGCGAACUCUGUAAACGUAUAGAAGAAUUAGAAUACAGGAACCGCAGACUGACAGCUAUGUGUGCAAAUCUCAAGUGUAGUGAGAAGCGUUUGAAACUCAAAGUGAAAGCUUGUGGAAUUUUGCCUGACAUGAGCGAAGCACUGCAAAUGAUAGAUGGUGAAAAAGAGCUACGAGAUAUUAACUUUCCUGUUCAACCUGCACCAGAAGAAUCUGCUGUCAAAGAGGAAUGUGACUGCUCUGCAGAAGGAUUCCGUUACCUGGCUGGCUACAUUGCAUAUCGUGCAAAGAACUGUGACAAGACACUGGGAACGCCGUCUGCUGAUAUUUUAAAUCCUCCAACAAUUGAAAAUUAUGCUCUACCGAUAACAAGUCAGCUGUCAGCUGAAAAUGCGACAGGUACAGCUGAUUCUGUCCAAGAAGAGAUAACAAAUCAACGCAAAGUGGACAUGACCAAAGCUGCUAAAGAAGAUGAAGGUUACAUGAUGAUGUCACAUUUCACAAGUCUUGUUAGUAACGGGAAUUCUGCGCCUGAAAGCGGUGAAUCUACUCCUACACCGCCAACGAGUAUCCAAAACAGAUCGACUACUGGCGCUUUUUCAUGGUCUCUGAAACUCGGUGAUGAUGGAAAGACUGACGCUACAGCGGUUCCGUCGGUCUCCGAGUUACAGCCAACCUCCACAUCACCGUUUGCACUACCGAGUGGCAAUGAAAAUCUCCUGCAGCAGAAUACGGAAGACACUGGGACUGAUUAUGGACACGUGCACACCUUGCCAUCGCAACAAGGAGAGUUAAUGCAGCGUAAUGAUAGUAAAAAUUACGAAGAUCCGUACGUGAGCUUCGUACCUCAUACUGAAACCAAUAGUCAAGCACCCACUAUCUCACCAUCAGCGUCGCCCACAACACCUGGAGAUGUUGAGAAUCACGAACAGGAUGAUGGCAAAUCCCAGACCACCACAUUACAGGACAACUAUGAAGACGGUAUCACCACUCCCCAAUAUGUGCCCUUCACACCUCCUGCUAAUAUCAAAAACUUCAAGGAGCAGGGUGGAACCUCACCAGCUAAGGAUGUUGAGACAUCCAUGAGAUCACCAUCGACAUCAUUCAUGACUCCAGAUGAAAAUGAGGUCAUGUGGCAGAAUGGUGAGCCCAACGGCACAAAUGUUGAGGCCAGUAAUCACAAUGAUGCAGAGACCACUACAACCCAGGAUGUUGACUACAUACCACGCAGUGAUACAAAUAAUUUCAAGGAGGAUGUUGAUGAAUUCAACGGUACUAUUUCCUCGUCGUCUCAGAAAAGUGGAACACCCACCAUAUCACCAUCAGUUCUUGGUGCUGAAGACGGACUCAAGCAGAAGAACGUUGAAACCACUGAUGGAACAUUUGAGGCUAACUAUGAUGAUGCAGGGUCAACCACACCUCACUAUGAACACAUCACAUCACACACUAGUACUAAUAAUCCCAAUGAACACGAUGGGAAAUUCAUCACUACUACUGAAUCAUCAGCUCAAGAAACUGGAAUAAAUGCCACUUCACCAUCAACGUUGUCUGUUAUCCCGAAUAAUGAUGUUAGUGGCACGCAACAAAAUGGGGAACCCACCGUCACAACAUUCGAGGUCGAAUAUGAUUCUAAAGUGACCACCACACCACAGUAUGAUGAUUUCAUACUGCGCACUAGUACCAAGAAUUCCACAGUACAGGACAAUGAUUUCAACACUGCCACGGUCUCGUCAGCUCAAGAAAUCGUGACUACUACCACCUCCCCAACAAAGUUUUUCACGAUUUCAAAUAUCGAUGUGAGUCACACGCAGCAGAAAGGAGAAAAUACCACCGCAGCAUUCGAGAGCGAAAAUGAUGCUGAAGUGUCCACCACACCACAAAAUGAUGAUUUUAUACUGCGCACUAGUACCAAGAAUUCCACAGUGCAGGACAAUCAUUUCAACACUACCACGGUCUCGUCAGCUCAAGAAAUCGGGACUACUACCACCUCCCCAACAAAGUUGCUCACUGUUUCUAAUAACGAUGUGAGUGACACGCAGCAGAGAGGAGAAAACACCACAGCAGCAUUCGAGAGCGAAAAUGAUGCUGAAGUGAGCACCACACCACAGUUUGUUGACUUCAUACACCGCACUGAUACCGAGAAGUCCAGUGAGCAGGAUGAUGAUUUCAGCGCUAUACCUGCCUCGUCAGCUCAUGGUGUUGGAAUGACAACCAUCUCGCCAGUAAAGCUAUUGACGAUUCCUAAUGAUGGCGAGGGUCUUACGCAGAAGAAUGUUAAAUCCUCCGCCACAACACCGCAGACCGACUAUGUUGAUAUGGAACCUACUACACCCCCAGCUGAACUCCUUACACCACCCACUGGCACCAAGAAUUUCAUGGAAGAGGCUGGUGAACUCGAUACUAACAUGCCUUCGUCAUCUCACGACAUUUUACCAACCAGCACCUUACCCUCAGUGCCAGUGGCAGAGCAAGCAGAUGAUGAAAAUUGCACACAGCAGGAUUGUGAUUGCGUUGGCACCACAGUUGCUGUGUAUCCGGAAGAUAACCUUACCACCAUGUCACCACUAACGCCAGUCACCGUGCCUGCGGAUGGUGGCAAUAUUAUAGAGCACAGUGGUGGACCAAAUAUCACCUUGAGUCCGGAACCUAAUAAAGAUGAGUCUACUACCACACCAUCGCUCCCACAGCCUGUUAACGAUAGUAAUAUCACAUUGCAAAUCAUUAAAUGUAAGGGCACCAACCUUGGUACCAACCAGGAAAAGCCCUCCACGAUGUCAUUUCUAGCGAUUUUUAAAAUACUGGCAGGUAUUAAUGAUAACCGCACGCUGAUGUGUGACGAGCCAGAUGUCACAACGACUCCGCCAACUAAUGAAGACACUUCAUAUAACACAACAGCGGAACAAGACACUACAACUAUCUCUAAGGACGAAGCAGUGGAUGGCAACAAAACUAAAAGCCAUUAUCCAUCAUACACUGGAUCUUCUCCUGAAGAAUUACUAAUGUUGUACAAACUACACAUUAGAAUGAUCAAGACAAUGUCUAUGACCAUAGGGGCGGUAGUAGCUCUCAUUUUGAUCAGCAUUGGAUUCAAAUUCUGCAGGAAACAUAGACGAGGCGACCACACAGCAGUUUCUCCUCACACUGCUGAACCUCGUGAAGCAGGUCAGUCUUCCACAUCUCAGGCUUCUACUUCCGAAGAGCCCGUUAUAAGAUUUCGAGAUUUGCUCUCUCGUGAAGAGAAUAAUUAG